CAUGAUAUCUUGCUUAAAAAGAUGUAGAAAUUUGUAGUUCUUGAUAUCUAGCAUGCCUUGUUUGCGUCAUGUCUGAUGUCGGAACAGUUAGGAACAGUUAUGUAAGUUUAAUGGUGUUCCACAGGGGUUUUGUCUUGGGCUUUUCAUUUUAUUCUUUAUAUAAAAAAACUUCGACUCUGUCUAGAGAUCUGUGAGAUAGUCAUGUAUGCUGAUGAUGCCACCACAUCCUGUUCUGCAGGGAGUUUCGACGAUCUGAACGGGACAUUUUCUUGCAAUCGUCUAAAACGUUGUACUUUUUUAGGCAUACGUUUGCAAUGUUUUAUUCAUUGCUUUCUUAAAAAAUAAAAUUGCUUAUUUUUUUAACGCUCCUAAACCCCUAGGCUCUAGGGCAGGUAUAAGGCCAAUAAGCCCUGGAUGACGUACAGAAGUCAGGCACGGCGCAGCCAUUGGGCUAGCAGGGGCUAUAGCCACUCCACUUUUUUGCAAUAAUACGUUAGAAAACGCUCUUGAAAGUUUACUCUAACUAUGGUCUACUAAACAUUGAAUAGUAUACUCGUAAGAAGUAGCAGUUUUUCUUGACUGGGAACUAUUUUUGUUCAUUUUAUAGGUGUUUUUCUUGAUGUUUUAUUACCACCAAGCUAAUUUUAUCUAUUUUCAUAGCUAUUUAUAUCAUCUCUGAACCAGAUUGUUUAUAAAACCCCAGUAGAAAUAAGCCAGUAUUUUCUAAAAGGGGCGUUUUCCGGCGUUCUAGAGGGCGUGGCCAAAGAAAUGUCGGUCACGCCCUUUUCAGCCCUUCCACAUUUAGACUGGUGCACGGUCCUUGGAAGUUCAUUCAGACAGUUGAAUACAGUGGAAAAACAGUGAAUCUUAUCUCCACAAAGCUACACAAGCAAGUAUCAUCUUGACAAAGCAACAAGCAGUUGGCUUCUUAAUGAAUUAUUUAUGAAAAAUUUAAAUAAAAUGAGAAUAUGGUAAAAGAGAAGUUUCCUAAUUGAGAAUAGUUAUUCAAGAACAGGCUGGUGCUUGUGUGACACACUGAAGACGUACAAUUUGGCUAUAACAUAUAUGUGUUUUCCAUGGCUGUCAACAACAUCACGGUAUACUCAUGCAAGGAAAAUCAAACUGGAAUCAAUUUAGCCUUGGUGUUGGUGUUCCUUGCGAUACCUUUUCACGUAAUGAUAUUAUUCACCCUGGCAAAGGAUGCCCAGCUUUGUUUGCCAAGGCACAAAAUCCUGUUCUGUCUUUCAAUAUCCCAUGGGUUAAUGAUUGCAGUCACUUCUAUUUGCACAUCAAUAAUGAACAUUUUCGCCCUCACAGCAAACAGUGGGACAUGUAUGGUUCUGCGAAAAAUUGUUCAAUUCAACGGAUCCACAACUAUGGUGGUAUCGAGCCUUACCCUUAUUGCGCUGUCUGUUGAGCGUUAUGUUGCAUGUAUCCACGGGCUUCGUCUUCACGCCAUAUUUACAGAACAAAGAGUCAUCGGCAUUUUGUCUGGUAAUUGGUUCAUCGGCAUUUCUUGUGGAAUCUUCAUUUCAGUUACUAGCGGAACGUCAGAUUCAAAAAAAGCAGUUCUCAGUGACGCUACGAACUUGAAAAUUUUGGCCACGGCAGUGGCACUUCCCACUUCUUUGCUGUUACUAGUUGUCCAAGCACGUUUAUUUCUGGUGAGUCGGGCAAAGAUAAAGGCUUCGGAGCAAACAGAAAGCGCUUUUGUGCAAGUAGAUCAUAGGGCUUCACGAAAAAGGCAAAUGAAGGUGGCAGUCGUUGCUGGUAUGGUGGUGUUGUCGUACGCAAUUUGUUCCAUACCAGCUUCCUGCUUAGUGAUUGUCGACCAAAUGAGAAAGGAGAAGAACUAUCCUGUGCUCAACAAGAUUUCUGUUAAUCUGUGGAUGACCAACACGCUUCUGGACCCGUUUAUAUAUGGCAUCGGGAUGCAAGAUAUGAGGAAGGCGCUUCUCAGACAGCUUAGAAAGAUUCGUUUGGUGAACUCGGUUCAGCCACUAUCAGAAACGGUAAGUAUAGGUAACCCACAAUCGGUUCACGAAGAAAGCCAACCUAUGUAGCAUGGCGAGCGAGCUGGUAGAGAGGAAACAUGGCAAUUUAUCUUUGACUGCCAGGGGAUGGGUUAAGUUUUCAUUUGGUGCCUAACAAUACAGAAACGUUUCAGUGUAGAGCGGGCCAGAACGGCGUGAUUUUUCACGGUUUUCAAUUGAAAAUGGUAAAGUUUAAAAAGGUUCAAAUGAUAAAUCCUGAAAGAUGAAUGCAUGCAUCAGGUUCACUCAGGGCUCAACGUAAACGCACUGAAACACGCAGUGGAUUCGAAGCUUUAGAUAACUCUGGAAUUAUAACGAUGCGCAAGCAGGGACAUUUUUUUAAUUGAAAAUCUAGCACUUGAAAAACUUGACGUCAUGCCAAUGCAAUUACGGCGUAAAUUGCCGAAGAAAUACGCCAAAAUUCGGCUUACGUGUCACAGGUCUUUUUCAGUAUGGUCUCUCAUCAAAACUCCUUCUUGGAAAGAUUAUAUGUUUAUAGUUUGGAGUUACUUUUGUUGUCAAUUGACGAUUGGUUUUUUACUUGUUCUAUUGAGUCUUUCAAGGGUCCUUACAAUUGACUAAGUUUUUCAAAGGUCCUUUGAGUAGUAUGUUAUUAUAAAUUUGGUUUGUAUUAAUUAAUUGUGUUCCAUAUUUAUCUUUGUUCCAUAUUUAUAAUAGUUUUACAGAAUUUUGUGUGAACCUUUAAACUUCAGAUUUCAAUGCUUCUUCGCUAGGAAUUUCGUUUUCUCUGUUAAGUGUAUCUAGCUGGUGUUGUGGUGAGCGGUUUGUAUUAGGUCCAAACUUUACGCGAUAAUUAGUCAUUUUUCUUCUUCUAACUAACUCAUAGAGAACUUUGUAAGUAGUUAACGUAUACUGGACUGACUCAAGUAUUCAUAGUUCCAGAUAAACAGCUUUAGAAACAUUUGCUAAUUCGUGUAUGCAUCUUAAUGUUCAUCAAUAAAGCCUUGACGCAAAUAUUGUAUCCUAUAAUUCCGUACUCUGGUUGGUAGAAAUUUUGCGGUAUAUAACACGUCAAUUGUAAGGUAAGGGAAAAAAUUGCUGCAAGAUGCACAGAAUAGAAUGUAAAUGACUGGAUACGAACACGUGUGUUUCAUUUAGCAUUCUCUUGCCACCUAAACAUCUCUGAACCAGAAGAUGGUACACUAGGUACACGCCACACAUUAAAAAUCCCUCUAGUUCUCAAAACAGCAAUAAUAGCUUAAGUUCCAAAUCCAAGUUUUAAUCCUCAAUACCCUAUCGACCAAUCAAAAUUCAUUAUUUCGACAACAAAGGUGUCUCGCAGCUAGAUAUAGGACCACAAUACAAAAUACUGCAUUAAAAUAUUUCCAAUUUGUUUCCUUUCAUUUUCGAUGAAAAGGGCUACAGCCUUUUGGAGGCAUGUUUGAAGCUGCGGGAAAGCAUUUCCCUUUCAUUUAGGGCCGAUCCAUUUGGAGAAAUUUCAUCGCGGAUGUUCCUAUCAUAUCAAUGGUACGAUUGUUCGUGUUCAUAGUGUAUAAACUCACCCUGUUUGCCGAGAUCGAAGUAAGCAUGUUUCCAGGUAAGAGGAAAAAGCAGGGCCCACGCCACGAAUUUG